ACCCAUCUGACAAGAAAAGAGUUCCGGGUUUUCCAACAGCCGAGAGCCGCUUGACACGACUGCCUGAACCGACGGCGGCGGGAACAUGUCUCUUUUACUGGAUAACCAAUUUAAAGAACUACCUCCAGACAAGUCGAUAGACACGAAGUUGUUCCUGGAUACUGUUUCUCACCUGCCAUCAUUUUUCGGUGAGUGUACUUCCAUUUAAACUCGAUAAAACAGCGAUACAGUGUUUGAGACGCUUGUGCUGUUUCUGGUUACGGUUCGUCUAAGGCUGACUUCUUCCUCAUGACAUGCCGAGCUGAAUGGCUUGUCACCUGGUUGUGGCUAUUUUACACAUACACAGCAAAAGAGGGGCACCAUUGGUUUGUUUAGGACCAGUUGCAGCCUGCAUAGAGACACUCUUUGUUUACUCGUUGAACAGAGAAUACAUUGACCUCAUUGUGCCUUUAACUUACUAUGCAUUCAUUGCAUUUCUCCCCUUUCUGUUUACUCCUAAAUGCUGGUCUGUAGUCAUCAUCCCCUUUCAGUCAGGGACAUGUGUGAUGAAGUCAUUCAUUUUUUAUUGCCCUGCUCUCAGAUGUCUCCCUCUCUUUCAGACUGCCUGGGAUCAAAAAUAUUUUCACCCAUCAAAUCCGACAUAAGUGGCAAUAUAACGGUGAGAAAGAGAUCUGCCUGACUUUUUUUGUGUGCCUCCUCUUUGUGCUUUGAUGUGUUUUCAUGCCAUUUGUCAGGUUUUGGAGUUGGAGCUUCAUGCAAUCCUCCAUUCUUUAUUUUUAUUUGCAGAAAAUUAGAGGAGUAUAUGUCAAGGAUCCAGAAAAGUAUGCGACCUUGAAGAGCAUUCUGGAGGCAGAGAGAGAGGAACAUGCAGAGUGGCCCAAAGCUGGAGCAACUUUGGCACUUAUGUGGCUUAAAAGGUGAGCGCUCUCUGGCCUUAAUGUUAUGUCACACUGUAAGUUGAACUUUCAGCUGCUUAGCUGAAGCAGACAGAUCAUUCUUUUAAACAUAGAUGCUGGAUAUCUCCUGCAGGGGUCUCCGUUUCAUACAGAUCCUGCUGCAGAGUUUGGCAGAUGGGGAGAAGGAUGAAAACAAUCCCAACCUUAUUAAGGUGAACGUCACCAAAGCCUAUGAGCAGGCGCUGAAGAAAUACCACAGGUGGAUGGUUCAGGGGAUUUUCAGUGUAAGGACACAGUCAGAUUUCUCGUUGAUAUUUCAUUUUGUAGUCAAAUGACAUGCAUUAGAUGAUGUAUUUUUUUUUUUUUAUGAGGUGAAACCAGGGCUGAAAUUAUGAUAAUUAUGCUAUUUGAACACGUGACAAAACAUGAGUCUAAGCUACUUAAUCACAGCAAUGCAGAUCACUUGCGAUCACUUGUUGGUGAUAUUUCUCUCUUGUCAUUUAACACCAAUACUUGUAGGCCUAUUCAUUUAAAGGGAUAUUUCGGCAUCAUUUCUUCAUAGAAAUGCAAUCAGACCGAGACGCACAGGCAGAAGAACUACCAAGUCUGCAGUGCAAAAUGAUUAAAAUGGUGAUUAUUGCUUUAAGGAAAUGAUAAAGAAAUGACCAUAAAUGUUCUUCCUUGAACUGCGUCACCCCGCAGCAGUCCAUAAUGGACUGGCCUGAGGUCUCGCUACAAAGAAGCGGCUGCUGUAAGAGAGUAGAUGAGUUGUGUUUAGUCUCUUUGCUAAAGAAAUUAGGCAAAGUGAAAAAGAUGUGUGAUGGCUAGUGCUGUGGCUAGGACCCUUUGUAUUGUUGAUGAAGUUAGAUGCUGAGCAUUAUUUGUGGCUAUAGAGUGACAUCGGUAAAACUAGAGAAGCAAGCGGUCUGCAACGUUCAUCUCUCGAGAGGGUGUCUCACUUGGUGUUAUGGUGUGUUUGACCCUAAAUUAAUUUUACGCCGGAAUAUCCCUUUAACAUGCGAGGCUAGUGCUGUUAAAGCCAGCUUUAAAUGUGCUGAAUGUGUUCGUUCAAUCAUGUUUUUAACUCCAACUCUUAAUUCUAACUACAUUAUGAGAAUACGUCAGGGAGACAGCAACAACAACAUUACACAAGUUAAAGCCCCUGUGAGGAGCUUUCUGUUUGUGUUGACUUUGGCGCCCCCUGUGGACAAAGUAUUAAUGCUUUUAUCAUUGCAGACUUUGUCUCAUCCUUGUAAAAACUCUCCCCCUGUCGUCUUUCACAGUGAAAUUUAUCCCUCACCAUGAAUAUUUUCGAUACAAAAAGUACUCAUUCGCUCAUUCGCUUUAAUAUAUCACAGAGAUGCAUCACUGUUCAUUUUAGCCUGUUUCUUACUCUGUCAAAAACUCCUCACAGGGGCUCUGAGUCAGUUGCUGAAUUGUCAUUUUUUUUAAUAAGUUAAGAACCUCCCUAAUGGCCAAAUGUUUUGUCUCAUGUUCGAUUGCCUGUUUGACACAGCUUUGGCAAAACAAAACAAAAAAAAAUCGUCUACCAAAAACACAAUCUGGAUGAAACGUGAAACUAAUCCCCCCUGUUUCCUUCACAGGCUGCAUUAGUGGCAGCUCCCUACCGAUCAAACUUCCUGAAGGCUCUGUCCAAAGGAGAGGAAGUGAAAGAGGAGGACUGUCUGGCAAAUGUGCGUCACUUUCUGGUCAAUUACACCCCCACUGUGGACGCCAUCUAUGAGAUGUACACAGAUAUGAAUGCAGAGCUGGACUACACUGUUUGAUGUCCUUUGGACUAACAUGAUAAUUUUAAAAGGAUUUUUUUUCUUCAGAGUGUGGCAUUUACAGCUUUAACUAUGCCUCAUUAGACAUGUCAUAGUAUCUGGUUUUAAAUUAUGCCUUAAUUAAAAAAAAAGCACUGUGAGCUUCACAUUUGCUCUUGUACAAAACUUGAAACAUUUAGAAUUGUAUAAAAGAGCAGCAGAGCUUUAAACCUCACAGAAUUAUGUUUUCAUGCAAGUUUCUCUUGUUUAUAUGGCACAGACAGGCAGUGUACACCUGCUUCAUGAAGGAAAGACAUUUACAAACAACACUGUGGCGUUAACUUCAGCUGCUUUAUAGCCUGCAGCAGCCUCGGUCAUGUUUCUGAAUCUUCACAACACAAAGAUCGCGUCACCUUAGUUGAAAACCACAAAGUGCCUUAAUGUCACUUUCAAAUAAACACAGCAUUCAUUCAUUUCCAGUUCUGUUUAACCUGGAAAGCUUAAACUUAACCUGGAAAGUUCACAACCAGCAAAGAUUUUUUCCCCCCCCUCAGGGCUUCAGGUGUGUGGAGUUUUUGGUGUGUCUGUUGAGGAAGAGGGUGGGGUCUAGUUUAUCUAGUGUUGUAUGUUUUGUUUUGCGCUCUGUGUUGUUGGUAUUUAUAACUCAACUGACCUAACAGCUUUUGCACACAAUGCUUCGUUGAACAAUGUUUUUAUUUCAGGAGAAGGCAGAUCUAUUCGAAAAGUGUAUCAAUAACUUAUUCAGCAGACAUUUUAUCUAUGAAUAUAUUCAGAUUUCUUGUUUUUCUCAAUAACCAACUGUUUUAAAAAUGCUGAUCAUAUGAUAUUUAUUUUGAAUGACUAGAAAUAAAAAAAUGUGUUGCAAAUAAGUUGUGCAUUAAAACUUGUAGGUUAUGUUUCCCCCUCCAGGUGGCAGUAUUUGCUUUGUAUUUUUUCUAUUUGUUUUGCUCACAUUUAGGGUGCUGCAACUAGGAAUAAUAGUUCGACUCAUGCCCUGAGAGCUCUGAAAUGUCGCAUUUAAAAUGGUCUUGAUUGAAGUUAUUUGUAUUUUUGUAUGAACAUGGCUUCUGCCGUGACAAACAUGUUUUAUGCUGCUCACUGGAGAAAAUGUUAGAAUUAGUGAUUUUGUUAAUUUUUUGUAGACAUCAGCAGUAAAUUAGAGGAAAAUCCUU